AUGGCCCAGAAGCGCACAUCGACAGAAGCAGAACUCCUCCCCGUCCGAACUCGCCGAAAUUCCAAACGCAGCAAAAUCUCUCCACCCAGCGAUAGCAGCGAGCAGUUGAUCGCUUCCGUCUCGGAGGCUUCCGCUAUGCGCAGUAGUCCAGGCGCCUCGGAGGAUACGCGACAGAGCAGUCCGCCUACACAGGAUGAGGUAGAAGACGAUUCUGACAGCACUGUCUCAUCCAUCUCAAGCGACAGCUCUUCAUCAGACGACGACGAAGAUGAAGAUGGGGAUGAGAAUGAGGCUGAGGAGGACGAGGCAGUUGUGACGCUCGGCGGCCUGAAGAAGCCGCAAAUUGAUGCGCAACGAUCAAAGGAAGACGCAGAUGCACUGAGGAGGAAGUUACAGGCUUUCAUGCCGAAGAUGCAGCAAGCGAAUAGCGCACUGGCUGCGAAAGGCGCGGCGUUGAGUAUGGAGGGUGUUGCAGAGGAUGGGCAGCAUAUUGAGAUGCAUUUGGGUCUGGGUGUGCUGGAAGAGCAGCGUGAUGGCGACGCUGAAAGUGGGAGUGAUGACGAGGGAGAACAGCAGGACUCGAAGGAUGUUAUGCAGACGCUGCUGGGGUUGGCCGGAGAGCAGAAGAGAUACACUGUCGAGGAGGUGAAGGAUAACAAUACUUGA